AUGGCAGAGUUCCGUUUUGUUUCCGAAAUGGAAGCGCUCGAUUUGAUGAUGAGCAAGGGAAUGGAACUGCGUUUUGCAGUGAAGAAUCGAAAAUGGAAUCAUGUGGUGGAGAUUUAUAAUGAUCCAGAGGUUCAGAAGAGCAGGAUCAACAGGUGGGGAGACACGGCAUUGCGCGCCGCCAUUGAGACAGAGGACACUACUACUGUCAAACUAUUGAUCGAUGCAAUCAAAUUCCAGCAGCGGGGAGAUGACGAAGCCCUAGACAUUCUGUCACUGAAAAAUGACACAGGCAAUACUCCUCUUCACUGCGCAGCCUCUCCUUUCCUCAUCUGUGUUGCCAUCAUCACAAUGCUCCACAAAUCACUGAUCUUGGGUUGCGUAAUAACAACGGAGAGACUCCUCUCUUCUUGGCUGCAUGCUCUUCAGGAUCACCGACAGGCCUUCCUCGUUCUCCACCGUGCUGCCGGUGAAGAUAGCCCACUGCAUUGGAGAAGGAACAACAGUGACACUAUCCUUCAUUGCACUAUUAGGAGAGGAUACUUCGGUACGGACACCAAUGCAGGACUUAUGCCCGCUUACUUCGUGAAUGAACCAAACUGUGAGGGCGAGACUCCAAGGAUGAUCUUCGAGAAGGAACACGGUCGGAUGUUGAAAGGGGUUAUGACAGCCAAAAGGGCAAACCAAUUGUAG